AUGCAAGUACCAAAAUCAGAGACAUCGCCGGUUAUCAGAAGUAUUGGCCCAAGUAGCCAAAUGCCAGUUUCCCGUACGAGCGAUCCGCCCGAAAAUUUGAAAGUAUCAUUCUCCGUGGAAUCGGAUCCAAAAUUAGUCGAAUUAUUGUCAAAUUUCCUCAUAAGUCAAGGAAUUCCAUUGGAAGUUACAAAAGAUGCGAAACUUCAAGAACUAAUCACAUAUCUCAAUCCGAAAAGUGUAAUUCCGUCGGAUAAUGUGAUGAUGGAAUACGUGAAACGACAAAAUUCGAUAAUUAAACCAUUAAUUAAUUAUCCGAAAGCUAUUGGACCAAUUAGUGUGACAAUUGAUGUUUACGACGAUUUGAAUGAGAAAUUUCUCGUGUUUUCGAUACAUUAUUUUGAGAAUAUUGAUGAGAGGAAGAACGUUGUCUUUUUGAAGAAAAUAUCGAAUAAUCAAAUGAACGCCGCUCAUAUUGUCGAAACUAUUCGUCGCGAAGUCAAUGUUCACUCCCAUCAUGAUGUAAAAUUCAGGCAUUCAGUCUCUUCAAAUACGGAAAUUCUUCAAAUGAUUGCGUUGAAUGAGCACGUGGAACAACAUCAUAUAUGUUUUUAUCAUAAUAUGUCUAUUUUUGUGACGGAAUUGCUGAAAAUCGAAGAGUUUUCAAUGGGAAUUGAUGUUUUAAGAGAGUUUAUUCGAUUUUUUGAACCGGAAUCCGAUUUAUACUUCAAGUUUCAAAGAUUCCAAUCAUCAAGAAACAAAGAAUUAGAUCUCCCGUCGAUGGACAAUAACUCAUGGGAGAGCACAUACAUUUUUCUGACAAAAUGUCUUUUUCUCCACGAAUCGUUCGAAACAUUCUGUGAAGUCUACGGAAUAGAUUUCUAUAUUUAUAAUAAGUCAUUCAAUGAUCUGAUUCAUCUCCAACGUCUUCUUCGACAAUGCGUCUACUACUGCAGAUCGAUGAGCACUCCGAGUAGUUGCAUCUCUCAAAUCAUACCUACAAUCGAGGGAUUACGACGACUGACUGAUAGGGAAUUUUCAUUUCAACAAUUUCAACAAGAGAAAAUUCUCAAUUUAUUAAAGUUUUCAUUCGAAAGCUAUAAUAUACCAAGUCAUGAAAUGGCUGUUCUAUUGGAUCCGAGAUUCUCUUAUACUGAAAUUUUCACCGAGGAGAAAUGGAAAGAUUUGGAGAGUCUAGUCAUCGAGGACUUCGUCAAUAAUAAUUGGAGAUGGGCGAUAAAUUCUGGAAUUCAGGAUACCACUUUGAUGAAUCCAAGAGGUCGAAUGAACAUUAUCAGCUUAGAAAUAACGAUAUAUCGACAAUUUCUAAUGAGAGAACGUCCCGAAGAGUCCGAUUGUCCUUCACGUUGGUGGGCGGAGCGUCAGUCUCCAUUCAAGUUAUUAUCAGUAAUGGCAAGAGAAUUGUUAUCGUGUCCAGCGGUGUCUGCAGAUGCUUCUCACUAUUUUUCAGACGGUGGAAAAUUGCGGAGAUUGACGAAAACGUGUUCGGGAACAAAGCUAGAACAAAACUUGAAUCUUGCCGGAAGCCUACAAAAUUUUCGUGGAAAAGGAGCAUCAGAAGAUGAAAUUACUGAAGAUAUGAUGACGAUAUUGGAUAGGGCGUCUCAAGAAACUACAAUUUCUGAAAACUUGACUCCGAAAGAUAUAUCUGUGAAGAAAGAAUUACCAGAAAUCGAAGAUUUUCACGAGGUGAAUUGGCAAGAGCCAUCGUCUUCAAUAGUCAAAUUGGAGCCACUGGAUCCUCCUGAUGAAUCACAAUUCGAUAUGUUCACUGUCCCCACUAUUCAAGAUUUAGAACACCCGGAACAAGUGAUUCAUCCACAAUCUGCACGCGGCUGUCCACUUCGAUGUCAUAUCUGUAAAGAAAUGAAACGUCCUGGCGACUACUUGAAUAUCAGAAGAGAAUGUGACAGAUUGAGUAUUCUAGCCGGAUGUCUAUACCGUGAAUUGAUCUCAUUCCAACAUGCAGAACGAAUCUCUAAUUUCCGAUGUAUAGUUGUCUGCAAAAGUCAUAUUCCGGAGAUUAUUGAAGAGAUUUAUGGAAGAAUCGGUUUGACGAGUCGGAAAGAUCUUUAUGAUUGCUCAUUGGAUAGACUUCAGGAUAUGCUGAUUAAUGUGAGACGUGUGGCUCCUGAAAUGACUGCUGGAGCACUUCGAACCGCCCUUGUACUCUUCUUGACAAAAUUCGAUCAAUGUGGAGAAAUAGAGAUCGAAGAACAUAGAUCACCACCGAUACAAAGCUAA